AUGGCCGAGCUGGCUCUAGCUGUGGUGGGAGUGGCAGUAGCAUGGAAGAACAUUCUCGACUUCGGGCAAUUGAUGAUGGACCUGCUCGCGGACGACGACUGGGAAAGGAAGGGGUUGCUGUACAACCUGAGGACGAAAGACUUCCUACUGAGGGACUGGGGCAACCACUAUGGGGUGGACCGGGACAACGGCGACUUCCACAAAUUCGAACCGCAGAGGAAAGAAUUCCUCAUCAAGGUCAUUUUCCGUUUACAUGACUCGCGGAUGCGAGCGUUUAAGAUCCUCAAGGGCAAGUAUCUGAUGGCGGUGGAGGACGGCAACGAUGAUGAAGAGGAAGAGUAUGAAGGGCCGGAUCUGUCCAGGAAGGCGAAAGGGUUCGCGAGGUUGAUUGACAAGGCAAAGACGAUGUCGAAGAAGACGAGAGACAAGGGACGGUGGUUGACUCAUGAUCAGCGGACGGUGAAAGAGUUGAUUCAAGAUGCAGACGAACAGUACCGCCACCUGAAGGCACUGACGUUUGAGUCUAUUCCUUUCAUGCUCAGUGUGAUGGAUUCGCGAAACAGUUCCCAACCGCUCCAAGCGAGCCUCGAUCUCCUGGAGACGAGGGCGAAGCAGGAAAAUGAAAAGGAGAUCGAUCACUUGCGUAGGACCAGAAGUUUUCCCAUCGAGAAUGAGGCCGUCGACUGGGACAGAGAGACGGCCGUGAGUUAUGCAACCAAGAACAUAGUAUCGUGCGAUCAAGCAGAGCGUGUUCGGGAGCUCGUCAAUCAAGGUUACUCGAUGCUCGUUGACACCAGGAUCAUACAUGGAGUCCAUGACUGGUGGAUGGACGACAAGUCCGGGUCCUUGGUCCUCGAAACUCCCUAUGAUGGAGGAGACGAUGUAUCGGCGGUGACUUGUGCAGCCGUGUACUAUUUGGCAUCCUGUCACAAGAUCAUCUACGUCUUCGAUCCAACUGAACGAAAAUCUCCUUCUCUCCAGCUUGCAGACAUGGUGAGCACGAUUACCAUGACACUUAUAUCCAUUGCUGGUGAAGACGUUGACGCGGACCACUCAUUGCUACCUCCCGGGAACGUGGAUGGGUCUGUAAGUUCUAAGCCUGGAAAUCUGCCCGAGAUCAUCAAAGCAUUUGAGAACAUAGUCGGCCGCUUCAUUGUCCGCGCCGAUCAACGCUUCCUGAUCAUCGUCGAAGGUCUUGAUGACUUGGUUGAUCUGACCACAGAUGAACCUGUUCGUCCUGCCAUUCGAUUGUUCUUGCAGAGUCUGGCCAGAGUCUGCAACAUAAAACAAGAUGGAAGAUCCGUGGUCAAAGUCUUGUUUGGGUGUCGAGGUGCUGCUACCGCAGUAUCAGAGUAUGUUGGUGAUACGGAGGUCCUGAACACCAUGGAUAGGGCGGCAAGAAAGGAGAACAUCAUGGCAGGGCUUGCCGAGAGAUGGUGA